GCAAAAAUCACCAAAUUUUCAUUAAUGGCCACCCUAUUAUCUCUAAUUAAUUUUUCACAAUGUCUGAUAUCCAAAUCUGCAUUCAACAACUUGAACACACCCUAGCCACUAUGGGUAUACCUCCUGGCACUACACUAUCACCACUUAGCUCUGAUUUCUCCUUUGAUGAAGAUAUGCUAUCUUCAGUCCCUGUAGCUACCCUCCCUGUCUACACAUUGCUACUAGAAGACUAAGAUCACUAUCACCUGCUAGCUACCACAGUAAGAAACCAAGACUGCUCCUUCGAAACUCCAGAAUUUUGUAUCCACUAGCUAGCUAU